UACUCCCUGCUAGUGCUAUCUAUCCAUCCUUUAGUCCGUGUCUGGUGAAAGAUAUUCAACUGGGCAGUCUCCAACAAGUAAGCAAAUCACAGCAGUUUUGGCGAUCUCUCUCUCUCUCUUUCUCCUAUUUCAUCUCAAUCUAAUCAAUCCCGAUAGAUAUAAUGGCAUCCAACAGGGGUCAAGGAGGAAUUCAACAGUUGUUGGCUGCUGAACAAGAAGCACAACGGAUUGUGAAUGCUGCGAAAAAUGAAAAAUCGGCUAGGUUGAAACAGGCCAAAGAAGAGGCUGAAAAGGAGAUUGCUGAAUACCGGGCUAAGCUUGAGGCUGAGUUUCAAAAGAAAGUCUCGGAUAGUAGUGGUGAUUCUGGAGCUAAUGUCAAGCGACUUGACCAAGAAACCGAAGAAAAAAUUCAUCACCUGAAAACAGAGGCUGCAAGAAUAUCAGAUGAUGUUGUCGCUAUGCUCCUGAAGUAUGUAACAACUGUGAAAAAAUAGGAACCUUUGACGAUCUGUUGGUGCUGCAGAACUGAACCCCAAACUAUGUUGAUUAUCAUAUCCUAAGUUUAUUUUUGGAUCUAGAUAUUAUGGUGUGGAUAAGACUAUUAUUAUUAUUUAAAACCUUGGUGCGAUGUCUUCAAAUAAUAAUUGAGUUUGUUCAAAUAAACAUUCAAAAUUCAAAGACA